UCUCUCCAUUUUCGCGCUCUUUUUGUUGUUUCAUCUUUCUACCGAAGCAACAAAUCUUUACACUUCUGUUGUUCAUUUUUUUUUGGUAGGUACUUCUGUUUUCAGAAAGAGGAAAAACCAGUUUCCUGAAAUGGAAAGUCAUGGAAAUUGAGCGAAGAAAGCUUAAGAGGAAGCCCCUAGCUGAUUGCACAAACACAAUCUCCAGAGCUUCUUCUGAAAUCAAGAAGUCUUUCGCCAAACCCAAAGUACAAAACCCUAAGAAAUUCGAAUCUAAAACCGGUAGGAAAAACCCUCCGAAGGACGAUACGAAAACCUGUGGAGAAAACCCUAAGAAAAACGACUCUAAGUUUAAUGGAGAAAACCCUAAGAAACACGACUCUAAGAUCAGUGGAGAAAACCGUAAGAAACACGACUCCAGGACAAGUGGAGAAAACUCUGAAAAGUAUGACACCAGCACUAGUUCAAAUGAUGCAGUGAGUAAGGAGAUUCAGAGGUUUUGGCCUGCAAAUCCUUCUGUUAGAAGGUCCACUGAAGCUGGCCUGAAUGGAAGCAAAAGCAUAGACCAAGAUGAAGUUCCAUGGAGCCAAUCAGAUACAAGAAAGAAUGCUGAAGUAUUGCCCGCAAGCUGCCCUCCCAUGGUGCCAAUUGCACGUUUCUGGAAGAAACUGGGGAAGCAGGUCUGUGAGGCAGGUCCUUCGAAAGCGCACACAGAAGAGCCUGUUCAGAAAAAGAAGCGACGGUAUUCAAUGCCCGAGCUGCUCCCUCGAGAUUUCAUUGAAGAACAAAGAGCUAAGUUUGCAGAGAUUGACGCCUUUGAACUGGAAGAGGAAGUAGCAUCAGAGACCGAGUUAGAAUAAAAGAAUUGAGGGUUCAACAAAUCAGACCUAGUCUCUCAUGCAAAUUUUAGCACUAAAAAAGAUUCCCAUGUUACUUCCAGCACUAAGAAAUGUGUUUUUGGUGGCAGACAUUUAAGGCAACCAACUAUUAAGUUUUGGCACGCCUGAAUCUGUCUCCCAUGGUAUAUUAUACAUGUACAUUUAAAUGUCGUUAGUAGCAUUUUUAUUCUUUUAACAGAAAAAAAAAAGAGAAAAAAAAAGAAGCAGUUCUAUUCUCUUGUACGCUCUCCAAUUAGUGCUUUGAAGUUUGUACUUGUAUGUGAUUAACUCUUUGUAUAUAUUCUUAAAGGUUCACACA